CUACACCAAGCCAUUAUCGCGUGUUCACAUUGAUAUUGCUGGUGGCGGUCAUACACUAGAUCCAGACUCAAUGAAUGAUGAAAUCACUCCUUCCCGUAUAGGAGCCAGAUAUGUGAUGAUAAUCACAGAUGACGCUACACAUUACAGAUGGGUCUAUUUCCUUGAAGCCAAAAGUAAUGCAAUUCAAGCAUUCAAGACCUGGUUGCAGCUCAUUAAAAACAUGGGAUUCACCUCACCUGCUUUCCUAAUAUCUGACAAUGAAUUUAAUUCCAACGAAUGGCAAAAGCUGUACCAAACUGAGGGUAUAGAUUGGCAGCCAGCUAAUCCUUAUUCCCCUUGGCAAGAUGGUGUCAGUGAACGAGCUAUUCGAAUUAUCUUUGAAAGAAGCUGUGCUUUAAUGCUAGAUGCUCCUCAUAUCCCUCACUGUUUUUGGAGUGAUGCUAUCAAUGCAGCUACAUGGCUUACCAAUCUUUUACCAACUUCAACGCCACUAUACAAUUCAAAUGUCCCUGGGGGAGUUGAUACAAAUACUAUGAUCAAACCUUCCCCUCACCGUCAUCCCUUAGGAGCUUGGUUCAACGCCCCAGCUGAUUUUACAUCUUAUCGCCGUUGGGGCUGCCCAGUUUGGGUUCACCUUCAUGGCACUGAGAAACCAACUCAUAAGCUUGAUUCUCAUGCUAAACGUUGCUACCUGAUUGGUUAUGUUGCCCAUAACAUUUACCAGAUUUGGGAUCCUGAAAAAGAUACUAUCUUCAACAGCUCAGAUGUAACUUUUGAUGAAAAUUAUGAUACUGAAGCUAAUAAUCAUUCUUCAACUCCUCUAGUUGUUGAUACCAUUCAUCCAGAUAAUCUCCCAACUACAGUUGAUCCUCCAGACCUGAUACAAUCCAAUUGCGAACCAAUAUCUAUGUCUGAUGACUGGAUGAUUCCAACUAGCAAUUUCAGUUUUGCUGCUGCCAUACGAUCCAAAAAUCCCUACCUACCUGAUGACACACCAACUUCAUACCGAGAGGCAAUGAAUCAUAAAGAUAGAGAUAGAUGGCAAGCUGCAAUGGAUCAAGAGAUUAACCAGCUUCAUGAAAAAGGCUGCUGGCGUUUGGUUAAAUGUGCUGAUCUUCCUCCUUCUACAAAAAUCACACCUGGUCAAUGGGUGUAUAAAAAGAAGGAACUACCAGACAGCAAUGGCUAUCUCGCCAAAGCACGCUGGGUUAUACGCGGAAACCUUCUUGACAAAGAUUAUAUGGAACGCUAUGCCCCAGUCAUCACUGAAUCAACUUCAAAACUACUAUUUGCACUUACUGCCAUUCAUGGUUGGCACAUCUGUCAAGGAGAUGCUGUACUUGCCUAUCUAAAUGGUAAAUUACCCCCUGACAAGCCUGUCUACAUGACUCAACCACUUGGCUAUGAAACUGGUCAAAAGGGCCAGUAUGUUUGUGAGCUCAUCCAAGCUCUCUAUGGCCUCACCCCUUCAGCCCGAAUAUGGUAUGAUACUCUAUCUGUUUCAUUGAAGGAAUUUGGUUUCAAAUGCUCCAAUUAUGACUCUGGCUUAUGGAUACACCAAACUCGAAAAAAUCUCUACGUUACCACCUAUGUUGAUGAUUUCAAAGUCAUUGCAGCCACAGCCGACGAUGCUGAUUGGUUUAUGGAUACCCUUGCUAAACACUUUGAUAUCAAGGACCUUGGAGAAAUGAAGAGAUAUCUUAGUGUCAACGUUAAAUAAAACCAACAAGCCAAAACACUAAGUCUCAGCCAAUCUGAGUAUGCUGAGGACCUUGUUACCUCUUUUGGAUUAUCUGAUGCCCAUCCGGUACAGCUCCCAAUGGAUCCAGGCUUGAUUAUUGAUGAUGACCCUGAUCCCACUAUCAACGUUAAGGAAUACCAACGUGGUGUUGGAUGCCUUGCCUGGUUGGCAACUAAAACUCAUCCUGACCUUAGUCGUACAGUUGGUGUUCUAUCACAGUGGAACUCUAAACCAACAAAGAAGGCUUGGGCAGCUCUGAAACACGCCCUACGAUAUCUCAAAGGAACCAUUAAUCAACAGAUCACCUACCGCGGUUCUGUUGACCCUAUCACCAAUCAAGACCUGAUGCCAGUGCUCUACUCUGAUUCUGAUUGGGGUGGUCCCCUUACUGGAAAUCGACGCUCUGUAUCUGGAUACAUCCUAAUACUUGCUGGUGCACCAAUUGCCUGGCGCAGUCAAUGCCAAACCUCUGUUGCCUUGUCUAGCAAUGAAGCUGAAAACAUGGCUGCUAGUGAAGCUACUAGAGAUGCUGUUUGGAUACGAAACAUCAUUAAAGAACUCGAAGUUAUCUCCCCUGAUGAAGAACAGCCUUUUCCACCAGUUCCUCUACUAGUUGACAAUCAAGGGGCGUUACAACUAAUUGCUUCUAACCUCACUACCAAACGCUCCAAGCACAUCGAUAUCCGCUUUCACUACGUACGCGAAAAGAUCCAUGAGGGCGUCAUUGAAAUAAAAGCUUGCCAUACGAAUGAAAUGGCAGCUGAUGGUUUAACUAAGCCUCUGCGCAAUGACCGGUUCACUACUUUUCUCAAGCUAAUUGGGAUGAAGGGACGUUUGCUACCUUGCAACACUGAGAAUUCUGAUUCAACGCCUCUCAUUGGCUGAAGGAACCGGAUCCUAUUGAAGCGCAUUUCAACGAUCAUCUUUUACUAUGUAAUUUAGCACUAUUUUUUUGCUGUCAGGCUAGCUCGUGCGUGGGGAGGUGUUAGAGGUCACGUGUAUUCUGCCAUAUUAGACCGCCCUCGCUUGGCCUGACACACUAAAAUAGCUAGACCAACCUAGAUAGAGACAAUACAAGCAAGUUGAUCCAACAAAAUUAGGUGCCGCGAGUUGAAAUUGAUUACUAAGAUUCUUGGCGCUUAUAUAAUCUCGCUGGAGCUGAUACAACACCAAAAAAACAUUUUCACCUCGCUCAACCUCUUACCAAUUACUUACCAACCAUUUCACUCACGAAAAAUGGCUACGCUUAAAAGCAAUAAAUGGUACCAAUGGUACCUUCGCGAAGGGGCUAAGGGUAAUCUUACUUUGCCUGACUACAAAGUCGUAAGUCUACCUUACUUGAACCUGACUUUGAGGUUCAAUAAGCACUUUAUAAGUACUUCACAACUGCUUAGCUAUUUCAUUUCCUUUUACUUCUGCCUCACUGCUGGAAUAUCAAGCAAUGAACAAGUGCUUGGUUAUUCGUGAGCCUUUCCUUUUUCUUUUACUUUACCCUUUCAUACUUCCUCUUACUUCGACCUUACUUCAGCAAUAUGAAAUUCAAUUAGUAUUGUAAAGAAUUUAUAGAGCUCGUGCGAGCUGAAAUUGAUUAAUAAUAGUCUUGGCAGCACGUGAGGGUGGA